GUUGUGAACACAUUCACCAGACUAUGUAAGCAUGUACUUACAUGCAUGCACACUCUACUUACUUCCACAGACACAUGCAACAAUCACCAUACCCGCACGCCAAGGGCUCCCGCGUCAGCCAUCAUCGUUGAUGCAGCCGUUUCAUGUGCCACGCAGAUCCCCCAUAGCGCGACAAGGUACCGCCACACCACAUCAUGCACAUCACAA